AUGCCUGAUGGUAUUGAACCUCCUCAAAGCGCCCAACCUUUUCGCUUCAGGGAAAUGUGGUUGGCAGACAAAGGAUGUUCUGAUAUGGUGAAGGUAGAAUGGUGUAGAGAAGAUAAUGAUAUUGCAGGGUUUGGUGUCACUCAGAAAAUUAAUCGAUGCGGUAAGGCAUUGACUCAAUGGAGCCAGAGGUGCUUUGGUAGUGUAAGGAAAGAUCUGCAAAAGAAAAAACAACUCCUAACACGUGCUGAAUUUGAUGCAUUGAUCUUUGGGGCCAACUAUCGGGUUGGAGAAUUAAGAAUGGAGGUGAAUGACUUACUUGACAAAGAAACCAGAUUGUGGCUUCAACGUUCCAGGGCUCUUUGGGCGGUUCAUGGUGACAAGAACUCCAAGUUUUUCCACAGUAGAGCCAUUCAAUGCCACCGAAAGAAUAAAAUUGAAGGAAUAAAAAAUUCAGAGGGCCAGUGGUGUUCCCGGCCUAAGGAAAUUGCUGAUUGUUUGGUUAAUUUCUACAAAAACUUAUUCACUUCUUCAGGCACCUGUCAACCUGCAAAAGCAUUGUCCACCAUCCAAAAGGUUGUUACUGAAGAUAUGAACAUACAGUUGAAUGCAUAUUUCAUGGAAUGGGAGAUCAAAUUAACAAUAAGUCAAAUGGCACCUCUUAAAGUUCUCGGUCCGGAUGAAAUGCCCCCAUUAUUCUACCAAAACUACUAG